AAAAUCACUGAUUAGCUGUUCUCUCCUCUGAGUUGCUAACGAUUAGCAUGGCCACAUUUCCAGAAAUAACUGAUCUCUUCUGCAAACUCGCGUUCCACCUCCAAACACUAACUCACACUUCACCAACACAUUAUCAAGAUAAAGAGCAGGAGCAUUCUUCUUCUGUUGAUCUCUCCAUUUCAAACCUAAAUCAAUAUCUCAAUCUCAAUGACAAUACUGGGGUUAGGGUUUUGGAUACCGCUCUCUCUCUCAUGUGCUUCGCAGCGCCACAGGUAUUUGAUUCUGUAGUUGAGUACUCUGUGAAGACGAUUGUUAGUGUUUUGUCUUCUUCAAUAAGUUGUAAAGUGUUGCCGUUCGAGAAAGAAGAAAUUUUGCGUAUUGGCAGUUCCAUUUCCCAGCGGGAUUGCUUGGAAUUUAUUGAAGUUGUUAAUGAUGUUGUAUCAAAAUUGGACCAACAUGGGUUGUCCUCUGGUUUGCUAUCAUAUACUGCUGCUAGAGUUGCGGUUUCAGCAUCCUGCUGUAGAUAUUUGGUCCCAUCAAUGCAUGUUUUGGAUGUUAAAUCAAUUGAUAGAAGAAGCACUGCUAUCUCAAACCUUCUCUGCUGCUGGCCCAGCAACUUCUCCCUUGACGGCCAUGAAAUACCACUGAGGUUGCUGUCAUGGUAUCUUGACCCACUAACAUUAAAACAUGACAUUUCGAGUAUCUUGCAAGAAAACAUGAGAAGACCUUUCCUUACUUUGAGCAAGGAAUUUUAUGAGAGGAUGGAAUGGCGCUCCAUUCUUCUGUGCUUGGUGCUUUCUCCAAUUAUGUUCAUUCAUACCAGAGCUCUACUACAUGAUUGGUUCAUGUUGACCGAUCUGGGUUCAUUACUAGAGCUUUUGAUUGAAUUAGUUUCAAUGAUACUAGAUGUCAUUUCUAGACCGAUAUGGUGGGGCAUACCAUUGGAGUUGGGAACAAAGCUGCCAUUUUCUAAUGCAUAUUUCCCGAAUAAGGAUCACUUAUUGAGGACCUUAUCUGGACCCGUCUCUUCUUCAAGUUUUCAACAAUUAGUUCAUGUUACAAGCAAAUCAGUUUCUCUUGUCCGGAAACAAUUUGGUCCAAUUUCUGAGUCAUCUGCAUUGAAGGUUGCAUCUGUUGAUCCCAAAUCUGUCUGGGCUCUUGCAAUCUGCUUUCCAGAUUGGUUCUAUUUUGCAUCAGUAUUACUAUUCUCCAAUAAUUGUUUUCAAAAUAAUUUUCAAUUAGAGUGCACAAUAGAGGUACCCAAUUUUGGACAAACAAGUGACAUGGAACAACCUGUUGCUUCUGCUGCAAGGUUCAUUGCUUGGAUUCUGAGCCCCAAAAACAAAACUAAUCAGGAUCUGCUGUUUGAGAGUUUGAAUCAAGUAUCAGAGUGUUGGUCUCUGAAACAAAUUGACUCGGGUACUCGUGAGAGAGGUGUAGUUGACUACUGGAAGAAACUUAAGAAACCUGAAUGUUUUGACAGUAAGGAGGGUUUUAGUCAUGGAAACAAGUAUGGUUGUCAAGCCAUUGGCCUCUGGCUCAAAGAAUUCCAAAGAAUGAUGAAGUAUGGUGUUGAGUCAACCGACAAUUCAUCCAACCGUGAGGCAGAAUCAUAUAACUUUGUUUUACAGAACAGUAUGCUUUUCCGGAGAAUCCCAUUAGGCAUUUUGAUUGGUUGUCCUAGUUAUGUUAAGGAAGAUGGAUUUGAAUUGUUGUUGCAUUAUGCUGCAACUGGUAGGAUGCUUCAUUUUGUAAGUAAUAAUGCUAGAAUGAAUCAUGUAGAUGAAUUUAACGAAAAGGAAGCUGUCGCAGGUGCCUGUCUUGUCUUCACUUUAACUGAUAUUGUUGAGAGGAUGUCUGCUUCAUUACUUGAGAAUGAAAAAAGUGCACUGGAUAUUAUUUGCCAGGUAAAAUUAGGGGCAAGCAGGUAUUUGAUAAAGUGUAUCGAGAGGCUGAUCGAGCUCAAUAUUAUUGAAGAUGGAAAUGUCAUGCAGGUGGAUCUACAUGGUAGAUUGGAGCGAUGGCAGCAUCAGGGGCAAGAAAUGUUAAAACUUGACAGAGAUCUUGAUGAUGCCAUUAAGUGCUUGAGUCGUAAAUUAUCACUGUUAUGACGGGAUUUUGUGAAGGACAUUGCCUCCUUGGCGCCCUGCACAGGUUACUUUGAAGCUUUCUUUCUAGAUGCUGUUGUUGUUGUACUAUACACAUACACAACUACUUUUUUUUUUCUUUUUCUGUUGUUUAUUUACAAAGAACAACUGGUGAAUUUCCAGCUAAGGUUCCUUGAUUUAAACCUUCCCCCUUUAGACCAA